AUGUCAAAGGAAUCAAACAAGCAGAAGUCACCUAAGUCACCCACCUCACCCAAGAAGAUGAUGCGACAGAAACGAGACCGGCGUAAAAAGAGCCUCUUACGAAAGGCCUACGAAUACAGCAAGCUGUGUGAUGCUGACGUCUGCCUGGGUAUUCGCAUUCGAGAGUCUGGCCAGGUCACUACAUUUCUCUCCGAUUCGACAGGAUUCUGGUCAGGCCUUUCCUCGCAACUAGAAAUAUACUAUCCACGCCCGACUCAGAAAACGGAGAAGGAUUUUGACUCCAAUCCUACAACUGAUGAGGAUGACUCAGCUGCAGUUGAAGACGUCAAAGGGGGAGAACAAUGA